AAUACAUCAUGACAAUGUAAACUCUGUAAGAGGAGAAAAGGGAACGUUUGGGGUUUCAGAAAGGGUUUUUAUAUUCCUUCUUAUUCUUCUUCCGCUUCUUCCCUCAAACAGAGAGAGGAAACAACUACGAUGGAGGGUGUAUCGUACGCGCGCAUGCCUCGGGUGAAAAUUCGCGAGCUGAAGGACGAUUACGCGAAGUUCGAGCUGCGCGAUACGGACGCGAGUAUCGCGAACGCGCUGCGGCGCGUGAUGAUCGCGGAGGUGCCGACGAUCGCGAUCGACCUGGUGGAGAUCGAGGUAAACUCUUCGGUGCUCAACGACGAGUUCAUAGCGCACAGGCUCGGCCUCAUUCCGCUCACUAGCGAGCGUGCAAUGUCCAUGCGCUUCUCACGUGACUGCGACGCCUGCGACGGCGACGGCCAGUGCGAGUUCUGCUCCGUCGAGUUUCAUCUUAGGGUUAAGUGUAUGACUGACCAGACACUCGAUGUCUCCAGCAAGGACCUCUACAGUUCCGACCAUUCCGUCGUUCCCGUCGAUUUCUCUGACCCUUCUAACCAUGAAUCCAGCGACAACAGGGGAAUUAUCAUUGUGAAGUUGAGGCGAGGACAGGAGCUGAGGCUGAGGGCGAUAGCUAGGAAGGGGAUUGGCAAAGAUCAUGCCAAAUGGUCACCUGCUGCAACUGUCACUUUCAUGUAUGAACCAGAGAUUCAUAUAAACGAGGACUUGAUGGAGACAUUGACUCUUGAAGAGAAAAGAGAAUGGGUUGAUAGUAGUCCUACUCGUGUGUUUGAAAUUGAUCCAGUAACACAACAGGUCAUGGUGGUUGACGCUGAGGCAUACACAUAUGACGAUGAGGUGCUUAAGAAGGCAGAAGCUAUGGGCAAGCCAGGGCUUGUAGAAAUUAUUGCGAGGCAGGAUAGUUUCAUAUUCACAGUUGAAUCUACUGGGGCAAUUAAAGCUUCUCAAUUAGUACUAAAUGCCAUAGAAAUUCUCAAGCAGAAGCUGGAUGCUGUGCGGCUAUCUGAAGAUACAGUGGAGGCAGAUGAUCAGUUUGGUGAGCUAGGUGCACAUAUGCGAGGUGGAUGAUCAAGUCUGCUUGAAGGAUAUCAAACUUGUUUCCUUGAACUUGUUUCUUGCAUGUCGUAUUUGUCUGAAUAGUUGUAGCAUGUGUUAACUUGUUCAGCUUGAGCCAAAUAUGCAAAUGAUUAGUGUUACCUCUUGAAGAUAGAUGGUGAUGCUUCACAUUUAUGUUACCUAGCUUGGCGGCGGUGGUUAGCAUGUAGUAUGUUUUUGGCUAAAAUAUAUAUUUUAUCUCUUAUCUUUAAAUCAAAU